AUGGCGGACCGACAGGCCAUCCAGCAGAACCUCAACAGUCUACUCUCGAAGCUCGACGAUCCAGAUGCAGAUCUGAGAUAUAUGUCCCUGAAUGACCUACUUGGCAUUCUGAACAAUCCCAACUCUACAUAUCUCUCGCACGAUCAGCAUUCAGCAUCGCGCCUGGUCGACGGCUUGCUCAAAGCUCUGGACGACCAGCACGGCGACGUCCAGAAUCAGGCGUUGAAAUGUCUCGGUCCGCUUGCCCUUAGACUGCCCUUCGAAAGCCUCAUGCCUCUCCUCGAGAAACUAUCGAACCUGACCGCCUCGCAAACCAUUGAUACCUCUGUUCCCAACACUGCACUCCGAGUCAUCGUCACAGCACUCCCUCGUCCCCAGCCCGGACAGGCACCCAGCAAAGAAGCGACGACAGCAUACUCGGCGGUGUCCAGAGUUCUGAUUCCUCGUUUGACUGGUCCCACGCCCUCGCCCUCGAAUCGGAGAGGCUCUGUGGUCAAGGGCAUGUUGGAAAAGGAUUCCUCCAAAGGGUUCAGCGGCGAUGCGAUUGACGUUCUGAUCCAGGUAGUCGCCUGCUUUGGAUCCCUUCUUCAAGAGGACGAGCUGGCCGCUUUGCAAAAAUCUGUAAUGUCGAUUAUCGAUAGUGACACGGCUGGCACCGUCGUCACCAAACGCGCAUUGGCAGCGAUUUCUGCUCUGGUCCCUCACUUUUCGGACAAUCAGUUCAGCACUUUCGUGACGGAGCUGGUCGAGAGAUUCAAUUCCCCACAGUUAACGACCAUUCAUCGCCGACACCUGAUCGCUACCGUAGGCAGCAUAGCCAAGAGUGCUCCGGCCAAGUUCGGCCUCCACCUUCAAACUCUAGCUCCUUUCGUCUUCUCGGCUGUUGGCGAGGAUAGUAUCGGUCAGGUAGCUUAA